AUGUUUCAUGAUGCGGUGGAUACAUUGUUCAGUCAUCAACCUGAUAUCGAUUGUAUUUAUGGUAAUGUGCGCCGUGACUGUUUUCGACCAUUGGCUAGGAAGUACCAGGGAGGUGGCUUUUGUCUCCAUGAAUUGACGAUUUCGUCGGAGAGAUUGCAUGCGCUGGCUAAGCUGCUUCUCGUCGCGCAGUUCGGGCCGUUCAACAGUCUUGAUAUUGAGGAGUUUCCAGAUCUCGACAAGGUGACAAGCUGUAUUGUGAAGGCAUUUCAUCGGAAUCCUGAUGUCGGUAUCACUUGGCCGAUGUUCGAUGAUGCUGCGAGGGGAACACCCUUCCUCUUCACGUCCUUGUCGCAAAUUCUGUCAAUUUUUACUGGUCGACUAGACUCCGAUUACUAUCUUGAGGAUCUCGUACCUCAACCUGUAGCAACUUUCUUAACAUUCCCCAUUAUCAUGCAACUGUGCCUCAUCAUUCGGGAGAAUAUUUAUUGGGAAGGCUUUCGGCAACUCCACCGCUACUACCCGGAAACCGAUCCAGUCGAAGUGCCCACUAUUGCUGACAACAUCACUUCCCUUGAUGAUGCAGCUGUCCUCCUCAUCUCCGGGAAGAUCAUACACACCUGCGAAGAGGCUCUCUUUGGGGCUUUCAUCCCUAUCCCUUCCAAGGACGGAUAUGAGAUUCAAGAGCAACAUGACCACUGGCCUGAGCUCUUCUCCUGUCUUCUUCUUGAACUGAGCCCCGUACAUGAUGUUUCCUGGGGCAAUAUCAAUCGACCUGGCUGGUCGGUAACUAGCGAUGAGCUCUGCUUUGGAGAGAAAGACAAUGGUGCGGCUUUGGUAUUUCAAAAGGGGUUGAAAGAGACUACUUUUACAAGGAACACUGAGCAGAAGGAUCCGGCGUAUACAGCGACUGCAUGGAGGGGAAACGGUACCACGGAGAUCGACGUCGAGACAAUCGAAAUAUGGAGUGACUUAUACUCGACGGAGAACGACUGA